AUGACAACGACGUACAAGGUAGUAAGGGUAGCCAAGGUGGACAAAGAGGCCAUGUUUAAAAUGAGAGGCGGUACAGCCAGACGGGAGCACAGCCGGGAACUGGAAACAGACAACCCGGAGAGAUGCACACCUUACAGUCUUGCUGUACCAGGCACACCUUACAGUCUUUCUGUACCAGGCACACCUUACAGUCUUGCUGUACCAGGCACACCUUACAGUCUUGCUGUACCAGGCACACCUUACAGUCUUGCUGUACCAGGCACACCUUACAGUCAUGCUGUACCAGGCACACCUUACAGUCUUGCUGUACCAGGCACACCUUACAGUCUUGCUGUACCAGGCACACCUUACAGUCUUGCUGUACCAGGCACACCUUACAGUCUUGCUGUACCAGGCACACCUUACAGUCAUGCUGUACCAGGCACACCUUACAGUCUUGCUGUACCAGGCACACCUUACAGUCUUGCUGUACCAGGCACACCUUACAGUCUUGCUGUACCAGGCACACCUUACAGUCUUGCUGUACCAGGCACACCUUACAGUCUUGCUGUACCAGGCACACCUUACAGUCUUGCUGUACCAGGCAUACCUUACAGUCUUGCUGUACCAGGCACACCUUACAGUCUUGCUGUACCAGGCACACCUUACAGUCUUGCUGUACCAGGCACACCUUACAGUCUUGCUGUACCAGGCACACCUUACAGUCUUGCUGUACCAGGCACACCUUACAGUCUUGCUGUACCAGGCAUACCUUACAGUCUUGCUGUACCAGCCACACCUUACAGUCUUGCUGUACCAGGCACACCUUACAGUCUUGCUGUACCAGGCACACCUUACAGUCUUGCUGUACCAGCCACACCUUACAGUCUUGCUGUACCAGGCACACCUUACAGUCUUGCUGUACCAGCCACACCUUACAGUCUUGCUGUACCAGCCACACCUUACAGUCUUGCUGUACCAGCCACACCUUACAGUCUUGCUGUACCAGCCACACCUUACAGUCUUGCUGUACCAGGCACACCUUACAGUCUUGCUGUACCAGGAACACCUUACAGUCUUGCUGUACCAGCCACACCUUACAGUCUUGCUGUACCAGGCACACUUUACAGUCUUGCUGUACCAGCCACACCUUACAGUCUUGCUGUACCAGGCACACCUUACAGUCUUGCUGUACCAGGCACACCUUACAGUCUUGCUGUACCAGCCAUAACUUACAGUCUUGCUGUACCAGGCAUACCUUACAGUCUUGCUGUACCAGGCACACCUUACAGUCUUGCUGUACCAGGCACACCUUACAGUCUUGCUGUACCAGGCACACCUUACAGUCUUGCUGUACCAGGCACACCUUACAGUCUUGCUGUACCAGGCACACCUUACAGUCUUGCUGUACCAGGCAUACCUUACAGUCUUGCUGUACCAGCCACACCUUACAGUCUUGCUGUACCAGGCACACCUUACAGUCUUGCUGUACCAGGCACACCUUACAGUCUUGCUGUACCAGCCACACCUUACAGUCUUGCUGUACCAGGCACACCUUACAGUCUUGCUGUACCAGGCACACCUUACAGUCUUGCUGUACCAGCCACACCUUACAGUCUUGCUGUACCAGGCACACCUUACAGUCUUGCUGUACCAGCCACACCUUACAGUCUUGCUGUACCAGGCACACCUUACAGUCUUGCUGUACCAGCCACACCUUACAGUCUUGCUGUACCAGCUACACCUUACAGUCUUGCUGUACCAGGCACACCUUACAGUCUUGCUGUACCAGGCACACCUUACAGUCUUGCUGUACCAGGCACACCUUACAGUCUUGCUGUACCAGGCACACCUUACAGUCUUGCUGUACCAGCCACACCUUACAGUCUUGCUGUACCAGGCACACUUUACAGUCUUGCUGUACCAGCCACACCUUACAGUCUUGCUGUACCAGCCACACCUUACAGUCUUGCUGUACCAGGCACACCUUACAGUCUUGCUGUACCAGCCACACCUUACAGUCUUGCUGUACCAGCCACACCUUACAGUCUUGCUGUACCAGCCACACCUUACAGUCUUGCUGUACCAGCCACACCUUACAGUCUUGCUGUACCAGGCACACCUUACAGUCUUGCUGUACCAGGCACACUUUACAGUCUUGCUGUACCAGGCACACUUUACAGUCUUGCUGUACCAGGCACACCUUACAGUCUUGCUGUACCAGGCACACCUUACAGUCUUGCUGUACCAGGCACACCUUACAGUCUUGCUGUACCAGGCACACCUUACAGUCUUGCUGUACCAGGCAUACCUUACAGUCUUGCUGUACCAGCCACACCUUACAGUCUUGCUGUACCAGGCACACCUUACAGUCUUGCUGUACCAGGCACACCUUACAGUCUUGCUGUACCAGCCACACCUUACAGUCUUGCUGUACCAGGCACACCUUACAGUCUUGCUGUACCAGGCACACCUUACAGUCUUGCUGUACCAGCCACACCUUACAGUCUUGCUGUACCAGGCACACCUUACAGUCUUGCUGUACCAGCCACACCUUACAGUCUUGCUGUACCAGGCACACCUUACAGUCUUGCUGUACCAGCCACACCUUACAGUCUUGCUGUACCAGCUACACCUUACAGUCUUGCUGUACCAGGCACACCUUACAGUCUUGCUGUACCAGGCACACCUUACAGUCUUGCUGUACCAGGCACACCUUACAGUCUUGCUGUACCAGGCACACCUUACAGUCUUGCUGUACCAGCCACACCUUACAGUCUUGCUGUACCAGGCACACUUUACAGUCUUGCUGUACCAGCCACACCUUACAGUCUUGCUGUACCAGCCACACCUUACAGUCUUGCUGUACCAGGCACACCUUACAGUCUUGCUGUACCAGCCACACCUUACAGUCUUGCUGUACCAGCCACACCUUACAGUCUUGCUGUACCAGCCACACCUUACAGUCUUGCUGUACCAGCCACACCUUACAGUCUUGCUGUACCAGGCACACCUUACAGUCUUGCUGUACCAGGCACACUUUACAGUCUUGCUGUACCAGGCACACUUUACAGUCUUGCUGUACCAGGCACACCUUACAGUCUUGCUGUACCAGGCACACUUUACAGUCUUGCUGUACCAGCCACACCUUACAGUCUUGCUGUACCAGGCACACCUUACAGUCUUGCUGUACCAGGCACACCUUACAGUCUUGCUGUACCAGCCACACCUUACAGUCUUCUAUGUGUUGUAAAGAGGAAGAUAAUUACCACUUGGGUAUAUUACAGUCCCUCGCGGCCUUCAAGAGCCGGAGGGGCUGUAAUAUACACACAACUCCAAUAA